AUGGUGAACCAACAUCGGCCAAACUGUGGUGCCGGAUGGCGGUGGCUUUACUUUGUUCUGCUGGUUGCAAUAAGUCAUACGAGCCGUACGGAAGCAUCGGACGAUGAAUGGUGGCAAAGGACGGUAUUCUAUCAAAUUUAUCCACGCUCGUUUAUGGACUCGGACGGUGAUGGGGUGGGAGAUUUGCGCGGUAUUACUAGUCGGCUGGCACAUCUCAAGGAUGCUGGUAUCGGCGCGACCUGGCUAUCGCCCAUCUUCCUAUCGCCAAUGGUAGAUUUCGGGUACGACAUCGCGGACUACACCGCAAUCCAGCCGGAGUAUGGAACGAUGGAAGAUUUCGAGGCGUUACUGGCAGAAGCGGAACGGUUCGGUAUCAAGAUCAUCCUUGAUUUUGUGCCCAACCACACGAGCGACCAGUGCGAAUGGUUCCAACGUUCGGUGGCGCGCGAAGAACCGUACACCGACUACUAUGUGUGGCACGAUGGUCGCGUGGAUCCGUCCACCGGCAAUGGAACCCGGCUGCCACCAAAUAACUGGCAAUCGGUUUUCUACGGUUCCGCCUGGACGCUUCAUCCGGUGCGUGGUCAGUACUAUUUGCAUCAGUUUACCGCCCAGCAACCGGAUCUGAACUUUCGCAACCCGGCCGUGGCGGAAGAGAUGCGCGAGGUGUUGCGGUUCUGGUUGCGCAAAGGAGUGGCAGGCUUUCGCAUCGAUGCGGUAAAUCAUCUGUUCGAGGUGGAGGGUUUUCCGGACGAGCCGGAAACGGGCACCGACCGGGAUCCACUAUCGUACGGCUUUACGCACCACAUCUACACGAAGGAUUUGCUUGAAGGCUAUGAUAUGGUGUACCAGUGGAGAAAGCUGUUGGACGAUUGGACCCAAGAACACGGAGGAGACAGUCGUAUCAUAAUGACGGAAGCGUACGCCAACAUUACCUUCACGAUGAAGUACUAUCGUUCGGGUGAAGAACUCCAACCUCGGCAGGGAUCACACAUGCCCUUUAACUUUCUGCUCAUCACUGACCUUAACCGAGACUCGACCGCUCAAGAUUUUGUCUUCACGAUCAAUAAAUGGCUCACGUAUAUGCCGCGCAACGGUGCCACUGCUAACUGGGUGCUCGGGAAUCACGAUCAACCGAGGGUGGGCACUAGGUACGGGCCCGAACGUAUAGAUGCGAUCCACACACUACUGCUAACCCUUCCGGGUAUUGCAGUCACGUACUAUGGAGAAGAAAUAGGAAUGUUAGACAAUCCGGAUGCGAUCAGUAGUAACGGCGAGGGUGACUCUGUCACCGGUGGCGGUGAUGCAUUUAUUGUGUUUUCACGCGAUCCCGAAAGAACCCCAUUCCAGUGGGACGACACCGCCAAUGCGGGCUUCUCCACUGGUCCAUCGACCUGGCUACCGGUACACCCAAACUAUCGCCGGCUAAAUCUGGCUGCGGAGAAACGUUCCGACCGUAGCCAUUACAAAACCUACCAAGCGUUGGUACGCUUGCGAGCUCACGAAACGUUCCGGAAGGGUUCGAUCCAACUCGUCCCAUACUCGGACAGUAUUGUCGUGUACGUGCGCGAGCUCCAGGACACGGACACGUUUGUGGUGGUGAUCAACCUGUCGUGUGGUACCGAUCGAUCGGUCGAUUUGGCAUCAGUAUUUCCAAGACUUUCGCCCGAGCUAACGGUCGCUUCCAGUGGUUCCGAGUCUAACUAUCGUACGGGAGAUAUCGUGCAGUCGGACAAACUGGUCGUAGGCGGAUACGAAGGGCUAGUGUUACAAAGUACGCCGUUGGCGUCGAGACCGCGGGACCGCGAUGCGAUGCCGAGUACAAAUUUAGCUGUCCUUUGGCGCACGGUGAAGGACGCAGCAGUAAUUGCGUCUAUCAUAAUUGCGCUCGGUUCCAGCUACUACGGGCUUCCGCCAUGGCAAACCAUCGGCAAGUGGACUGCCCGGGGUAGUUUAAAAAAAUAA